AUGUCUGUCUAUGAACCGGACGGGGUACGCAAACUGCUAUCAAUGCUGGAGCCAAAAGACACACAGAAAAAAUUCGAGGCAAACUGGAAAGAUGCGGUGAAAAAACGUGUUGGGUCGUGGACAGGACAUACCGAGCGCAUGACCCAUCCAAGACCCAGGCGCCAGUGUGAAUGGGAAGCUGAAGUCAUCGAGUACAUCAACUAUAUCUCAGAGAAGACACGAAUACGAUCAGCGAAAUCACUCAUGCGACCAUGCCUGGACAGCAGGAUUCCAAUACUUGGCCCUCACUUUUUGCCACCAUCCUAUCUCCAUGCCCGAAAGCGCAAUCAGUCCGAGCCUCCAGUUAACCCAGAGGUCUUGUACUUGAAGCCUCUUCGCGUUGUACAUCCAUUCUACCACCCCGAGCUUGCAAGAUGUCCGCGGUGCAAUUGUACAGAUGGUGUUUCGUGGGACGGGUGGACUGGGACCGGUCCUCGAGAUGUCCAUGGAUUAAUGCUUGAUGAGGCAGCGAUAGGCAUGCAGCUCCGCUGCGAGACUUGCAAAAAUGAUCCGUCAAGCAAGAAGGGUCUAGAAAGCGAGUGUGAGCGUGACAACAGGAAGAUGAUCAAAGGACACUGCUUCGCAACAACAAGCCAAGACUUCUGGCGCAAUUGGUCCCACUGGUCCAUUCCAGCCGACGUACCAAUAUUUUUCUACAGAUGUGCUGUUACUCGCGAGUUGUUUGAUCUAGUUAUUGAGUUACGCCCAUCAUCUACAGCGGGAACUCUCACUGAAAACAUCCGACAACUUCAUUUGCUUGAGUACCACAGGCGGAAGCUGGAUUACCUUCAAGCUUGGAAAUCACGUCGAACGACACGACAUGGGAUGGAUUUCUUCAGCCCAAAUCCACUUCGGGCGUUCUCGGGUCCUUACGACGUAAAAGAGUACAAUGCGAGGCCGAUCUCGCAUGACAUGGUCAGCGAGAUCUUCCAGGAGUUUGUGUCGGCAACGCGGGAAAGGGAGUCUGAGGAAUAUCUUCGCACACUCUCUGGCAUAAGUAUUUCGUUCGAUAACACAUUCCGUGCCGCCACGAAAGCAAUCAUAACCAGCCGAGAGAAACAGAAGUUGAAGGUCCUGAAGGGGGGGAUCAUAAGUCUGAUGAAUGAGAAUGGUGAGAUUGUGGGCUGGCGCUUCUGUCAUGGCCAGUCAAAUGCCGAGAUAAGCGAGCUUCUCGAAGGCCUCAAGACACGAUGCGAGGCCCUUGGUGUCCCUCCGCCCGAAGUAUUUGUCGCCGACAACUGCUGCCAUGUGCGCAGCGCUGUGGAUAUUGUUUUUCCUGAUGCUACAAUGAAACUGGAUCUAAUCCUAAAAGCAAGAUAUGCGACUGUGAUCCUUAAUCCCUCCAAGAAUCCCCACAGGAAGGAAGUAGUCGCGGAGAUUUCUGCCUGUAUCCUGAAGAAACAUGCUGAGGGUGGGAAUCCCGCAAAGUACUGGGAACGAAACGAGCAGGAGACGAGACUCACCUCGACGUUUGAGAAAUGGGCAUGCGAAGGUACAGUUUGGUCAGCGGGGGCACGCAGAGUUCAUGAGGAACAGCUCAAACACGUACGGAAAGGCUGCCUCGAACGUCAGCGGCAGGACAUACGAACAGAUGGAAGCCGUGUGGAGGGGUCCCACAAAGGCUGGAACUCCCUCCAGCGUGCGCACACCAGCGGAAUCGUGACCUUCACAGGCCUUUGCCACGACUUCGUUCUUCGACGAAAUGUUCGUGUUGCCUUUUCGAGGGCAAGCAAAUCGGACUUUAUCACAUCAACUCACGGUUCUCAUCACAUUCACCUCGUCGACAGGAUCGCGAAGCAAUUCAACAACCUCCGACUCAAAGAGAAGACCACUAGCACAUGCUGCCUACCAGAGCUCCAAGAUGUCCCAUCGAACGAGCACUUUGGGCUUGUUGAAUCAAGCUUCGCCUCCACAUUUGGUGGGCUACUGGACAUCAAGGCCGAAGACACACCUGUCGAUCUCAACAUGUCUGGAAACAAGAUGCUUGAGGCGCUCAGCGAUGACGGUGAUGCCGUAGACCUCGUCCUGCGGUCGCACCACACCCUGGCAGGGGUAUUAAUACACCCCUGGCCACUGUAGAAGGGUAUGUAUCCAUACUCACCAGCUAUUUACAACGCCUCCCUGUAUGCAUACACACCUUGGGAGCCUUUCCUUGUAUGCAUACACACCUUGGGAGCUAUAGUGUGCUUCUUCGGACAGUUCUAAUAGGUAUAUAUUGACCAAAUAAGUAGUAUAACAAUGAUAGUAAUCUUAGAUCCCUUCCCCGCACUGCUAUUUUUAUGUGCCAACCCCGGACCAUCAAAUUCACUAGGUGCCUUCUGAAUCCCUCCUUCUAUGAUUUGAAUCAAAUCAGUUCGAAGUUCGAACCACUGCAUACUCCCGCUCGCGACAUAUCCCAAAUAGGCAUAAUAAAGAGAGAGAUGGCAAAAAUAUCAUAGCGGGUGUAGGCGUGCGGUUAGUGUGGU